ACUGGGAGCAGACCAAUUGGCCAUCCCUUUAAAGCCAACCUUCGCUUUCCUUUCUUCUUCUUCAAUUCAAUUCUGUUAAACAAUUGUUUAAUUAAAUCUUUCCUUCUUUCUAUAGCUAGGUUAGUUAAUUAUAUUUCAAUGGAUACUGUAUCCUCUCUUUGUACAACGCAAAGUGGUGUUAUGGCUCGCCAUUGUUACCCAAGUUCCGUCUCCCUUGUUGGCUUUUCUAUACCGUCUCUUAAGAUUCCAGCUUUGCCCAAGCCUAUCAAGAGACGAAGUCUUGGAAUUACGAGAGCUUCUGUCGCUGUUGAAACCAAGGUUUCUAUGAUCAAAAUCGGCACUAGAGGAAGCCCACUGGCACUUGCUCAGGCUCAUGAGACAAGAGACAAACUCAUGUCUUUGCAUCCGGCGCUUACUGAAGAAGGGGCUAUACAAAUUGUAAUAAUAAAAACAACAGGUGAUAAAAUACUAUCUCAACCACUUGCAGACAUUGGUGGGAAGGGCUUGUUCACCAAAGAAAUAGAUGAGGCACUAAUAAAUAGUGAAAUUGACAUUGCUGUCCAUUCAAUGAAAGAUGUUCCUACAUAUUUGCCAGAUAAGACAAUUCUACCUUGCAACCUUCAGCGUGAGGAUGCAGAUGCAUUUAUUUCCUUGAGUGCAGCCUCUCUGGCUGAACUACCUGCUGGAAGCACUGUUGGUACUGCUUCACUUAGAAGGAAGUCCCAAAUUCUCCAUAGAUAUCCAUCACUUAAUGUGCUGGAGAACUUUCGAGGUAAUGUCCAAACAAGGUUGAGAAAACUUAAUGAAGGGGUGGUUCAAGCUACCUUGUUAGCACUUGCUGGACUUAAACGCUUGAACAUGACAGAAAAUGCUACUAACAUUCUUUCAAUUGAUGAUAUGCUACCGGCUGUUGCUCAAGGUGCAAUUGGGGUUGCCUGUAGAAGCAAUGAUGAGAAAAUGGCUAAUUACUUGGCAUCUUUGAAUCAUGAGGAAACUAGACUUGCAGUUGCAUGUGAACGGGCCUUUCUUGAGGCCUUGGAUGGUUCUUGUCGCACCCCUAUUGCUGGAUAUGCUUGCAGAGAUGAGGAUGGAAACUGUUUCUUUAGAGGGUUGGUCGCUUCCCCUGAUGGAACUCGUGUACUUGAAACUUCUAGAAAAGGUCCAUAUGCUUAUGAAGAUAUGAUCAUGAUGGGAAGGGAUGCAGGCAAGGAACUUCUUUCACGUGGAGGCCCUGGCUUCUUUGAUUCUUGAGUAGCGUAAUGAAAGCAGAAGGAGAAAGAGAACAACUCUACGGCUUAUGUCUGACUCCAAGGAAUAGAUCCAGAAAUUUCAUUUUUCCUCCUAAGCUGUCAUUUGUUGUAACAUUAAGAACAAUAUUUUGAUUGAUUUUAAGCUAGAAGAGGGUUUCCUUACUAGUGAUGUGAGAGGCUUAGAUUAUUUUGUUCUUUAAUAAUAUGAGAGAGCCAAAUUUUAUCUCUCUCCCUCUUUCUGUGUG